UUGACAGAUUACGACGGCAAGUUCACUCGCCAUGAGCCAGCCAAGGCACGGCCCACCGGAGUUGUGCGCAGGCGCAGAAAAUCUCCUCAGCAGCUAAUAGGUCGGACAGGAACUACAUUCAGCUCUUCAGUGGAACGCAAGGGCAGUUUUGGUCAACAACAAUGUGUUCGUAAUUUUCAAAAUGCACCAUUCAGUGCAAGGAGAGCCAAUUAACAUUCAUCUCAAGUACUUACAACACAACUGUAACUUGUAGUCAUGGCAGCAAGCAGAGUUAUUGCUGCUGCUACCGUCCGGUCAGUGAAAUCAAGGAGAUUAAUUCCUCAACGGGCAGCCUUGGUUUUGACUCCAGCAGCAGUGAACAAGGUGAAAGAAAUCCUAGCUGACAAACCAGAAUAUAUAGGCUUAAAAGUUGGUGUCCAGCAGCGGGGAUGCAACGGCCUCAGUUACACUCUAAAUUAUGCCACAGAGAAAGGAAAAUUUGAUGAAGAGGUAGUUCAAGAUGGUAUACGAGUCAUAAUAGACAAAAAAGCUCAGCUGACUCUUCUGGGCACGGAAAUGGAUUUUGUGGAGACCAAACUAUCGGCGGAGUUUGUCUUUAAUAACCCAAACAUUAAAGGAACAUGUGGGUGUGGAGAAAGCUUCUCUAUUUAGUCUCAUCUCGAGGUAACUUUGAAAUUAGAUGGCUGUGAUUUGGAAGGUCAAGUACUUUUUCAUUGAUAUUAGUCUUGAUUUAUCUGUCUCUGUUCUGAAUCUUCUUUUGUGUGCGCGUGUGAUGAUGCUAGCCUUAUAAAUUUAUCAAAUACGAACAUUUUUUUUUGUGAAACUUUUAAACUUCUAUCGAAUGAACAAGCUAAAUCCUCCAUUACAUUACACAGAUUCAUCCCAUUCUUAUGUAAAUGCCUCUUUUAAAAUGUUCUAAAUCUAAGGAAUCUAUUUUCAGCGAACUCAGUCAAAGUUGAUAAAUCUUAAAUUUAUGUCAAUAUCUCAACACAUAAGAAUUGAAAAAUUUAUUUGUUGCAGAGAUUUACCCCCCCCCCCAAUUUUUUAGUCUGAAACUGUCUCCUCUCUAAUGAAAUUCGGCAAAACAAUUUAGAUCAAUUUAAAAUAAUUUCACUGUUUAAAGUAUCUUUUCCCCUGUUGGUUGAGGCUCUUUACUUAGUUGUCACUCAAAGUGAAAGAACAAAUAAUACACUUUUAAUAAUUUUCUCAUUGUACAUGUGAAAUAAUGUUCUUUCUCAUCCCCCAAUGAUUUUAGUAAUAGAUGAUUUUGUCAAGUUUUUUAAGUUCCUCUGACGCCUGAACUUUGUAAUGAGAAUGUAUCUAAUUCCCCCUAAUGAUGAUCUAAUCCGCUAAUUAAUUAUCUCAACUUAUCAUUUUGUAGCAGGAUUAAAACUUCCUGUCGAACAUUACUGUAUCAUUUUGUAAAUAGUGUAGAUUUUGUUACUUCAGUCAGGACGUUGUCUAAUGCUGUGUAAAUUUUGUUGAUAAUAUAUUUAUUUUUGUUUUGAUUUCAA